CUGAUAGGGACACAGAUGAAAGAGGGGAAGCAGAGAAGACAGUGAAGUCAGAAUGAGCUGGGAGAUGUAGCAGAUGUUAGGAAGAAGAGAUAGAGAAACGGCACUAGUGGUCCAGCCAUCCGAGACAGGAUACCUGGGCAUCUUUUCAAGUAGCAGCUGUGUUGGGCAUGGACUGGGCUGAAGCCUAGGAGCCCCAGCUGCUAACAUCUGGGGGCAGAAUCAUGUCUGCAAACAAAGGCUGGUGGGCACCACCUGAGGGCGAGGACAGCGUGUCUGAGAAAUUCCUGAGGAAGACCAGGGAGUCUCCGCUGGUACCUAUAGGCUUAGGAGGCUGUCUGAUGGUGGCAGCAUAUAGGAUUUACCGGCUGAAGGCUCGUGGUUCCACCAAGAUGUCCAUACACCUGAUUCACACCCGAGUGGCGGCACAGGCCUGUGCUGUGGGUGCAAUCAUGCUGGGGGCUGUGUACACAAUGUACAGAGACUGUAUCAAAAGAACAGCGCAGGAUGCCGGGGAGAAGUAGGAUUCUUACACGGCCUGGGGCAGUCAGAACCUCUUUAACCGAUCCCUGGUGUGAGCCUAAUAAAGUAGUUUUGAGGCAA